UUUUACAUACUGUAUAUGAUGUUUAAUGAAAAACACCUUUUAUUUAUUAGAAAUGCCAAGCACAACCUUUGUACUCCUUUUGGUGUAAACAAUACUUGGGAGGAAUACAUGGAACUUAUCGGUUAUUCAUAAAAUUAUUUUGCACCAUUACGGAGAUCCUAUGGAAUUGUGGCCCUAUCCCGAAAACGUCGGAAUAAAAAAUUCGGAUAGGGCAACAUUAUUGUAACUAGGGAGGUUUGUCUUCAUUUUCUCUCACAAUGUCCUAAAACAGCAUGAGGGCAGCCAUUUUGAUUUACAUGUAAGUCAUCAUGUCCUUUUUGAUAUAACUAAGAGGAACUUUUGCACAAUCAACUAGCGACACUUUAAAGUAUCUUGUUCAUGGUUCUAAAUAUUUUGAAAAUAAUAAUUCUUGAGCGACGAAAUUAUACUAUGCUUCUCAGGGUCCUUGAAUGGCAAUAACUCAUCUGUACCUGUAUGAUUCUGCGUCCCGAGGGGAUCCGGGUUAGAAUAAGUCCUCAGUAACCUUUGCUUGCCGUAAGAGGUGACUAAAUGAGGCGGUCCUUCGGACGAGACCGUAAAAACCGUGGCCCCGUGUCAAAGCAGGUGUGGCACAUAAAAGAUCUCUCCUUGCUCUAAGACCAUAAGCGCCGAGCAUAGACCUAAAUUUUGCAGUCCUUCACCUGCAAUGGUAACAUCUCCAUAUGAGUGAAAAAUUCUCAAGCGGGACAUAAACAUUAUACAAUCAAUCAAUAAUUCUUGAAUGAUGACAUCUAAAAUUGAGUUUCAUUAUUUUUAUAUUCCAGGACUCACACCGUGUGAUGACAACUUGACCAGUAAAUUAUACGUUUUUCCUGACAACUCUGUGGCCUGCUUUUGGUUGAACUCCAUAGCCAUGAAUUUCACAGAUAAUGACUUGCAUUGCCGAGCUAAGAAUGGAUUCCUGGCCUACAUUCCGGACAAGGGUGUAUUUGAUGCCGUUCAAAAUUUGAGAUCGGAAUAUGGGAUUAUGCUAGCGGAUUAUUAUCUGGGAUACACAGAGUCUGCCGGCCGUUUGUACAGACUAUCGGGAGAUGAAGUUACUUUCAACAAUUUUUAUAGAACAGAGCCCAACAGUGAUUUGGACACCUGCAUUACAAUUUAUGGAAAUAAUGGCAUUUACUUUGACAUGUCUUGCAGUAAAGAAUACUAUGGUGUCUGUUCGUCUCUUGUUAACUCAGGAGAUGACCUUGACACAACGACAGAGGAGAGUACGACCUUUUCAACAUCCGCGACACCAGAUUCUCAGAUCUCCAGCAGCCACUGCCUCUGUUCCUGUCCAGUUACUUUUGAAUUGAACCCUAACGUCAACUUAACUGCGGAAGAGGAAGCCCAGAUAUUGGAAAUAAAGCAAAAUUUGACUGUCCAGAAGUCUACAUUGUCAAGUUCAGUGCGCAAGCGCAAUUGUGCUUCAGACGAUCGUAAAUCAUCACAGGCAAUUGGAGCAUUAGGUGCAUGUUUGCUAGGCAUUCCUUUCGGAUUAAUAAUAUUGCUUGAUUGCUCUCGAAUUAUCAAUUUAGCGAAAUAAGACAACAUAAACGUUGUUAUUUCAGACCGUUAUAAUAAAUGAUACAAAUUCAACAAUCGUUUUAAAACGAGGGUUCAUCGAAGACGCACUCACCCUUGCAACAUGGCAUGUACUCAAAAGUGAUUUACAAUAAACAUUGUCUUAUGAACAUUAAAAACAUUAGAGUCCAGACCCUUGUGUAAGAUAGCAUCCCUGCAAGUGCAAUAGAUCCGCGCGCUAUCACUAUAGAAAUAUCGAAAAACACUGCAUUGAGGUCGCGUGUUUUUUUUGGGUUUUUUUUGUUUUUGUUUUUGUUUUACCACAGACGAUUAUUAAACUUGAGACUGUUUUCGUCAAUCACAGUACAUAUAACAUCUACUGUUAAAGAGGUUCGCACCUAAGAUUUGGAGUACAUGUACUGUCUUU